AAUGGACUUGAAUUCGUAAAGGGCGUUGCCAGCCUUUGCUGUUGGGUGACCACAAGGUGUGACAGAAAAUUCCAAAAACGAAAAAUCGGGUCAAAGCAAAGUGACGGCCUUUCACUGAGACAUUAGAUAGUUAACAUGGGAAGUACCGGCGAGUAUAAAAAACCAGCGAUUACCCAUUCAAAGUAUCAUUCGUCGCCAAUCAAUCGAAUCAACAUGAAGCUGUUUAUCGUCGCUGCUCUACUGGCCGUUGCUGUUGCCGCACCUUCCGGCUAUGAAUCAACCCAUAGAGAUUCCUCUUACAUGACGUCUCCCAGCUACGGUUCUUACGGCUACAACAAGGACAGCAAAUAUGGUGCAAUCACCAUCACCAGCCAACACGACGUCCGCAAUCUCGACGGAAGCAGCAAAUGGGGAUACUCUGGAUCCGACUACACGACCCGAGAGGAAUCGCAGGUGCAGAAGAAGAUGCAAGGCGUCGCCUACGAUUCUUAUGGCAAAGCCACUUACGAGGACGUUUAUGGCAACACCAACGCUGGAUCCUCUUACUGGGUCUCCCCCGAGGGCGAGAAAUUCACUCUGACCUGGACCGCCGAUGAAAACGGAUUCAGGCCAAAGGGCGACCACUUGCCCGUCGCUCCCGUCCACGUCUACGAGCUCCCAGUUGCUCCCGUUCACGUUUACGAACUCCCAGUUGCCCCUGCCCUCCCUUACCAGCGCACUGGUGCCGGCAGCCAAACCUACAAUACCUAUUAAAUUAUCUAGAGCUGCACAAUGACAAUGUUUGAUUAAAUUAAUAAAGUACUUUCCAAAUAUUA